UUAUCAUCACUUCUGCACUGCUGCCAAGAGAAUUGACGAUAUCUUCGCUCAGAUGGGCGGUCAAAGGACAGUUGCCAUUGGUCUCGGUAACGAUCAGGAUGAGGACAAGUAUGAGACUGCCUUUGAGGAUUGGAUGCCGAGUUAUUGGAAGUCUGUGAAUGCCCCUGAGCCUGUUGAUGACGGGUCCAUUCCCGACUCUCAGUUCGAGGUUCGUGAGCUUGACUCUGAUGAAGUCGUGGUUGCUCCUUAUGAGAGGAUCAUGCCUCCUCAAACUAUUCAGCUUGGUUUGAAGAAGAACGAUCGUCUCACUCCCAGCGACUACGAGAGGGAUAUUCGUCAUUUGCGCUUCGAAUUGGAGGAUGGUCAGGAUCUUCCCUAUCUUCUUGGUGAUGUCCUCAACAUCCACCCCAUGAACGAGGCUGGCAGAGUUAGUGCUUUCCUUCAGUCUUAUGGUCUCAACCCCUCGGAGAUGGUUAAGAUCACUCCUGUAUCCGAGAACAUCGAUGCCCGCAAGCGCGCUGCUUCUCUCCGUCCCCGUACUAUCUCCCAGCUCUUCGAGGAGUCUUUGGACAUCUUCGGUCGCCCCAACAGGGCUUUCUACAAGACUCUGUCCAAGUUCGCUGAGGAUCCCAAGGAAAAGGCCGAGCUGGCGUUGAUCGGCAACCCCGAUGAUACCAAGGGUCGUGAUAUGUACACCAAGCUGGCUGGUGAGACUGUGACCUUCGCUGAUAUCCUCAAUAAGUACACCAGUGCUCGUCCUUCUCUUGAUCAGUUGAUCACUCUCAUCCCUUGCACUAAGCCUAGGCUCUAUUCCAUUGCUAGUUCCCCGAGGUUCGUUGGUCCUAAGGCCAUCGAGCUUGCUGUUGUGAUUGUUAACUGGACUACUGCCUCUGGUGUCCGAAGAACUG